UUGACAGCAUGUUCGGCUGUCUGCUGUCACUGUAAUAGCUGCUGUGACAUAAAAUUUGUAAAAAUAUAAAUAAAUAAUUAUAAAAUAAAAAUAAAACUAAUAACCAAUACCAAUAUUAUUCGGGAGUGUGCUUUGUUGUGUUCGUGUUCAUUAUUUCAUAUUCAUAGUUUGGUGGUUCAUCGUAAUUUGAUAAGAAGUGCAAUAACCCUUGAAUAUCCAAUGGAAUAUAAACUAGAACAAAACAGUUUUGCAAAAAAUGAGUGCAAGAUUAAAAUUGAACAUAUUGACGUAUCUGAUGCUAUACUUCCGCAUUUUGUUAAAACUGAAAUAAAGGAAGACCCGUUUGAGUCCAGCUCUCUUAAUAAUAGUACAAACAGUUUUUUUGUAGAGCGAAAUUCUUUAGAUCAAACAAAUAAAGAAAUUAAUACUGAAGACAUCAAAUCAGAUGAUUAUUUUGUUGACCGAAAUUCUUUAGAACAAAUGAACAUAGAAGUUAAAACUGAAGACAUCAAGUCAGAGGAUAAGUCAAAGUCAGUUCAACAUGAAAACGUUUUUAAAACAUCAAGAAACAUUUUGAUUCCCGUAAAAAAACGUUUACGUUUUCGUGAGGAGGAUGACUUAAAUCUUCUUCGAGAAGUGGCGGGACAAAACCCAUUCGAAAACCCCUUUAUUUGGGAAAGCAUAAAAGCAAAUAUUUAUAGUCUAUCACAAAAGGAUUUUUCCAUAAAGACACUGAAAGAUCAUUUAGAUCUUUUAAUAAAAGCAUGGCUUGAAAAAGUAAAAGCUGUAAAAGAUAGAUCGGGUAUUGAAGAAGCCUAUUCUGAAAAGGAUCAGCUGUGUCAUAACAUAUAUGAUUAUAUGAUACAGUUUAGAAAAAUGUCAAAAAGAAAAAAGAAAAAUACUUUACAUAAGAACAGAGUUCUAGGAAAAUCUGCUAGUGAUGAAUGGGCUACUAAGCUGGCUAAUAAUGCAGAAAAUCUUGCUACCGAUGCUUUAAAAGAAAGUGUUUCAUUUCAAGAUCACACAUAUUGUGACUUUGAUGAAAUUAACAACAGUAUAGAGACAGAAAGUAUCCCAGCCAACAUUUAUCUUCCGGAUUGUAAUGUAGGUUCUAUAGUUGCAGAUUUUACUCCAGAAGAACCCAAUCAACAACCUGUUGACAUCAAUAAUAGUACUCAAACACAAGAACAUUCAAAAGUUUUAAGGCCUAAAAAAACGAAGAACAGAAAAAUACAUGUUCAAAGACAAGGGAUCAAUAAUCACGAAAAAUAUGAUCAACAACAAAAAGUGCUUAAAGAAAUAGAGAAUAAAUUGGAAGAAAGAAGAAUUGCACUGGAAGAAAGGAAAUGUGCCCUGGAAGAACAUCGACUCUCUUUGGAAGAAAGAAGACUCUCUUUGGAAGAAAGAAGACUUGUUAUACAGGAAAAAAAGUUGGAGUUGGACAUUGAGAAAGAAAAAAAUAAAUUAACUUUAGACAAGGAAAAACAAAUGUUAGAAAUUGAAGAAAAAAAAUGUUUACUUGAUAGCAUUAAAAAACAAAAUGAUCUCUUGACAGCCCUUGUAACUAAAAUGAUAAAUUAAUGUCAUUUUCUUAGCUAUUUCAAAUAUUUAUUAUUUUACAUAUGAAAUCCCACAUAGUCCCUGAUAGUUAAGUCAUCAUCAUCAUCAUUCUCUUUGCCUUUAUCCCUAUAUGGGGUCGGCUUCUCUAAUUACCUUUCUCCAUAAAAUUCUGUCAUUAGACAUAUCAAUAUUAAUUCCAUUUACCAGCAUAUCUUGUCUAACCAUCUCCCACCACAUCUUUUUUGGUCUUCCUCUUCUUCCCGGGAUCUGCAGUUCAGUGAUUCUCUGUAUUGGAUGCUCGACACUUCGACGCUGAACGUGCCCUAACCAUCUUAACCUAUGCUCUCUCAUUUUGGCAUCAAUUGGUGCCACACCCACACUUCCUCUUAUAUACCUAUUUUUAAUUAUAUCCUUUCUUGUCACUCCACUCAUCCAUCUAAGCAUCCUCAUUUCAGCUACAUGCAUUCGUUGUUCUUCCUUCUUUUUAAUUGCCCAACAUUCAGUCCCGUACAUCAUAGCCGGUCUUAUUGCAGUUUUAUAGAAUUUUCCUUCAAGUUUCAUCGGAACCAUCUGUCACACAACAUGCUACUUGCUUCCUUCCAUUUCAUCCAUCCUGCCCGAACUCUACUAACCGCAUCUUCCUCUAAUUCCCCAUUACUUUGUAGUACUGACCCUAGAUAUUUAAAAUCAGACUGAAUUUAUCAGUCUCUCCUAUACCUAUCCUAACACUAGUCGUUACUCCAUCAUACAUAUCUCUUACAAUCUUUACAUACUCACCAGGAACUCCUUUCUUAUUAAGUGCCCAACACAGUACCUCUCAGGGAACCCUAUCAUAUACUUUCUCAAGAUCAAUAAAUACCAUGUGAGCAUUUGUUUCGAUAUUUCUAUAUUUCACUAAUUUUCUUGGUAUUCCCAUUUCUAACAUUGCUAGCCAUAGUCCGCUUCUUUUUAUGGAAUCAUAUGCUUGCUGGAAAUCUACGAAAAUUUGGUGUACAUCUUGAUUGAAUUCCCAGUUUUUUUAUAAUAUUUGUCUGAUUGUAAAUAUUUGAUCUAUCGUUGACCUUCCAGAACGAAAGCCGCAUUGGUAGUCGCCUAAAAUAUCUUCCGAACACUAUUCCGAGUGAGUCUCUUUAGCAAGAUAAUUGAUAGAAUUUUAUAUGCUGUGCUAAUAAGCGAUAUGCCUCUAUAGUUUCGAAAUUGUUCUUUAUUUCCUCUCUAAUGUAUGGGUAUUAUAACGCUUCCAUUCCAUUCCCUAUGCAUUUUCUGUUGUUCCCAUACUCUCUGACAUGUAGCCCAAUAAAUGACCGUUUUGGAGUGUAAUUUUCAGGGGCAACUCCGAAUUGCAUAAAAAUUUGGAUUUAGGUUCUACUUACCCUCCACUUGUAUGAAUUUGUCCCAUUGGUUGCUUUUACUUGGGGGGUGACAGUCACCCCUUCUUAGGGGGUGAAAAACGCGUGUUUAAAAUAAGCCCGGAAAUAGAUAAAUUGACCGAUUAUAAGCAACUUUAGUUCUAUAAAGUUUUUUUACGUAAGUCAAUACUUUUCGCGUUAUUCGCAAUUGAAAAUGUUGAUUUUUCGACAAAAAUACUACGUUUUCAGACCGUUUUUCGCAAAUAACUCAAAAAGUAAAUAUUUUAUCGAAAAAAAUAUUCUAAGCAAAAGUGUAGCUUAUAAAAAACAAAAAAAAUGGUGUAUCAGUAAAGUAUAUAAAUUGAGAAAAACCAAAGUUGUAGCUCAUGAAAAAUACGUUAUUAUUCGUCUAACUCCAAAUCCAAUAAGUAAACCGAAAUCACCGAAAAAUGAAGUAGUUUUCGAGAAAAGCUUUAUUAACAUUUUUAAAGUACCCAAAAAAAGAUUUAUAUUUGUUUUUUACAAAAGUUUCUAGCACCAAAAAUAAACGAGUUACACUGAAAAAAAAGUUGGCCCCUUUUUUUGGUAAAAAAAUUGUGAAAACCUCCCUCUAUUUAGCACCCUAAAUAAAAUUAAUCGUUACCGCUUUGCCAUUUAUUUUAACUAUAUGUAUAUUGUUUAUAUGAUCUGUAAGUUAGAAUGGCUUGAAGUGCUUAUUUUUGAAAAAAAAUGGUUUUAUAGUAAAACAAAAUUUUCUAAAAAUUUUUGAAAAAUUUCCUUUUUUCAAAAUAAUUUAAAAAGUAUUGUUGAUAAGAGAAAUUUUAAAAAGUAAAAAAAUAUAGGUUUUGUUAUUAUAAAUAUGCUAGUUUCAUUUUGUUUUUCCGCAAGACAAAAAUUGGUUAAGAUAUGGCUGUUCAUAAUUUACAUACACUCGUGAUUAGUGAUCCGUUCAAGCUUUUUUAACUAUAACCCUUUCAAAAAUAAUCACUUCAAACCGAUGAGACUGACAGAUCAUAUAAAAAAUAGAUAAGUAAGUAAAGUUUUUGUAAAGCGGUAGUUAUUAAGUUCAUUUGAGGAGCUAAACACGGGGAGAUUUGCAUGAUUUUUUUACAAAAAGAAAGAGGGCCAACUUUAUUUUGAGCGUAACUCGCUUAUUUUUAAUGCUAGAAACUUUUAUGAACAAUUCUAAUAAAGCUUUUUAUAAACACUUUAAAAAGUUUAAAUAGGUUUUUCCCGAAAAGUGCUUAAUUUUUCGGUGAUUUCACCUUGAAAUAUUCGAUUUGAAAUUAGACGCACAAGAACGUACUUUUCAACUUUGUUUUUACUCGAUUGAUAGACUACUGAUACACAUUUUUUUCAGUUUUUUAUAAGAUACACUUUUGCUAAGGAGAUUUUUGACUUUGACACUUUUGAAAAAGUAUUGACUUACAUAAAAAACUCUAUAGAACAAAAAUUGCUUAAAAUCAGCCAAUUUAUCCAUUUCCGGUCUUAUCUUGAAUAUGUUUUUUCACCCCCGAGAAGAGGUGACUGUCACCCCCCAAGUAAAAGCAACCAACGGCACAAUUUCAACUUUGAAGUGAAGGGUAAGUAGAACCUAUAUCACAAUUUUCAUGCAAUUCGGAGUUGCCCCUGAAAAUUACACGGUAUCGCCGUAUUUUCCGUUCAUUUACUGGGCUAAUGACAUUAUUCAGAGAGAGAGAGAGAGAGAGAGAGAGAGAGAGAGAGAGAGAGAGAGAGAGAGAGAGAGAGAGAGAGAGAGAGAGAGAGAGAGAGAGAGAGAGAGAGAGAGAGAGAGACAGAGAGAGAGAGAGAGAGUAUGUUGUUGAUUUACCUUGCAUAAAUUCAAACUGAUUUUCAGAUAUUUCAGUUUCUUCCUAUAUCGUUUUAUCACUCACUCUCCCAUAUUCUCAUAGUAUGGCUAAGUAGUUUAAUGGCCCUGUAAUUUGUACAUUGCUGGAUGUCUCCUUUAUUUUUGUAUACUAGUACUAAAGUACUGCAUAUCCACUCAUCUGGCAUUUGUCCCUCUUCCAUAAUUAUCAGUGCCUGAUAGUUAAGUAUUCCUAUUAAGGGGUUACAUAGGUCUUGCGGGUAAAAAAGUGACUUUUAAAGAAAUUAUAUCUUGAAAACUAAACAUGCUUUUAUUUAUAAUUGGAACAUGUAAAAGUACAGUACUUAAGGUACUCUCAAAAAAAUUUUCAGACAAAAAUAUUCAUUUGUAGAGUUGACUGCAAUUUUUCAACGGCCCUUUUUUUGCGGUGGGCAGCAUAACUAAGUCCAGUCUCAUCUGAAAUCAAAAAAUCAAAAAGUUUCUUGUAGUUUAUACCUCUGGCUAGUGAAUUGAACAAAGGAAUUUAAAAAGAAAUGAAAUUUGAAGAUUUUACAUAAGUUUAAACACAUUUUCGACCCCAAUUUUUCUCAUUUUUUCAAAAAUGACCAUUUUUAAAGAAGUUUUUUUUUUCAUGAAACAAAAACGACUUCACCUAAUAAAAAUUCCUUCGUUCAUUCACUAGUCAGAGGUAUAAACUACAAGAAAAUUUUUGAUUUUUUGAUUUCAAAUGAGACUGGACUUGGUUAUGCUGCCCACCGCAAAAAAAAGGGCUGUUGUCGAAAAAUUGCAGUCAACUCUACAAAAAUGUAUAUUUUUGGAUGAAAAUUUUUUUUGAGAGUACCUUAAGUACUAUACUUUUACAUGUUACAAUUAUAAAUAAAAAUAAUUUUUAGUUUUCGAGAUGUAAUUUUUUUAAAAAGUCACUUUUUUUACCCACAAACCUAUGUAACCCCUUAAUUUAUAUACCAUCUUAUGAUACAAUGUUUUUUUUAAUCAAAUGUUCUAGUUUCUAAGACUUUACUUUGUUUUUGUUAGUGUUAAAUAGAUAAAAUAAAUAAUACACAAGUCCAUGUAAAUAAA